CACGAGCGCAUCAUUAUUCUUGAACACACAGGAGAGGGCUGCAUCUGUUUCUGGCAAACAUGAGAUCAGACCUCUGGUAUUUCUUUGUCUUCUGCUUCCAAAUUGAAGUCCUAGCAGGAGGAAUCAAUGAUUCUGCCAAGGAAGAGAUGUUUACAUUCCACAAUGGAGGAGUACAAAUUUUGUGCAAAUACUCUGAGACUGUCCAACAGUUUAAAAUGCAACUACAGAAAGGGGAGCAAACACUCUGUUAUCUCUCAAAGACCAAGGGAAGUGGACCCAUCAUAUCCACUAAGAAUCUGAAGUCCUGCCAACCUCAGUUAGCCAACAACAGCGUCGUUUUUUUCCUAAAUAACUUGCAUAGCUCUCAUGGCUAUUACUUCUGCAAGUUAUCAAUUUUUGAUCCUCCUCCUUUUCAAAUAAAGAUUAUUAGUGGUGAAUAUUUGCAUAUUCACGAAUCGCAGCUUUGUUGCCAGCUGAAGUUCUGGUUACCUAUAGGAUGUGCAGCUUUUGUUGCAGUAUGCAUCUUUGUAUGCAUAUUUAUAUUUUGGUUUACAAAAAAGAAGUAUGGAUCCAGUGCACAUGACCCUAAUAAUGAAUACAUGUUCAUGGCGGCAGUAAAGACAGCUAAAAAACCCCGGCUUGCAGAUGUGACCUCAUAAUCUGGAACUCUAACAUCCAGCUAUUGGCCCAUUACCUCCAAACUUGAAGUGAGAAAUUCCAUUACCUAGACCACAGAGCAUUGAUUUGACUACCUGCAUCUCCUGCUGGUGUUUUGUUCACUGGACCAGUGGCUGUCAGACAAUAGGAUCUCAACAACUGCUUCGGUAUUGCUGAGUUCUCUCAAAACCAACAUCCUCUUGCAAUUAGCCUUAGAGAAGACCCAGCUCAUGUGUGCUCAACAAACAGACCUCAUUGGGGUAGAAUCUUCUCUCUCCACAUCUGCUCCUAGCAACACUCCAGCCAGUAAAACAAAUACAUCAACAAAAAUAUUUAAAGACUGCCAAGGCAUAUUCAUCUGCCAAGCAAAUGGGCAGCCAAGGACCAGCUCUGUCCUUGUUUUCAGACUACAUCUUCUUUCUGGGGGAUGAACAUUCCUUUAAAAAUCAGACAGUAGAGGGAGAUGCUUCACAAUCACAGCCAUUUUCUCUCUGCGAUGUAUGUUAUUCUGUACUAAUAGAUGAAUAUUUGCACAACACUAUCUUCCAGUUUCUGAAUUCCAAUUGACCAGUCCACAGAGGAUUUAGAUGCUUUCUCUUGCCUUCAAUUUUCCUUUAAAAAUUACUCCUACAAGUCUGCUCAACAGCCUGCAGCCUCUCUACUUAAGGGAGCUAUGUCUACAUUUUUCCUUUGCUGCUCAAACAGAUACUUCCUAAUGAGUAUAAUUUGCCCACAUUCUCCAUACAAACAUUUCUGUUUGCUCUGCAAAACAUCUUAUUUCUCCAAAUUCAGUUAAAUGGUUUACUUAGUUGACAUUAGUGGUAGGAAACAUUAGCUAGAAUCAAAAGCAACUUCGUUUUAUUAUCUUGUUUUCUACCAUUGUCUAUGUUUCCAUGGUGCUAUUCAUCACAAGCUUGGCUAUUUUUUGUAUAUUAGAAAACUGCAAACAAUCAAAACAGUGUCUAGUCACCAAGCAUUCUCCUCAGGGUAAGAAUGAAUUACUCACUUAGCCCACACAUUGAACAACCUGAAGGUUGUUGUGAAAUUUCAGGUAUGCCACCUCUGGGCUUAACAGGUCAAAUGGUCCUGGUGAGCCUGGGCUGAAGUUAUAAGGCUGAGGGAUUGCAUGAGCUAGGAUCAUCCAGAUGUUUUAGGUUGAAGUCACCCUGAGAAUCAGCGAUCUCUCUGCAUUUGUACUUCUGGAAUUUGGAGAGAAGUUAGGGUACAUUCCCUCUACCAGAAACCAGGCAGCCUGGAAACAAACCCUGGCCUUUUAAGAUAGACUUGUUUAGAAUACGAUUUGGCUGGAAAGAUUCUUAAAUAUAUGUAAUAUGAUUAUUCUUAGCUGGUGAAUAUUGUUUCCAUUUUCUGUCCACAUAUCCCAAGCUUCUGAAAUAGCCAAGGUGUAUACAAUAUUUUUUUUUGUAAAAAAAUGAGAAAAUGAGAUUGUUUAGUAGUCUUAAGUUCGUAGUUACCUGCUUCAUACCUUGUUUACUUUAAAAGUGAGACCUGGUGUAUCAUGAUAUAUACUUAUGUUAAGCAUGUGUAAUGCUGGUUGUGUACAGUACAGUACUGAACCUGUAAUUUGAAUCAAGUAUGGUGUCUCUGUGGGUGACCUGGCUGGCUUUGCAGAGGUAUUUCUCUCUGGAUGGGGGUGGGCAUGGGGAGGAUGGCUUUCAUGGUGGCCUGUCUAGCCUUGCUGUCCCAAACUGGACAUCCUGAAUACUGAACAUUUCAAAAUGAAUAAUUGAAGGACACAAUUCCUGUGAAAUAAAAACUAGUUUGAGAGACGCCACCCAUGGAGUUGGUUUUAAAUAGCAGUAGGAGUGAACAAAUAAACCUUUCAUAAUAGGUAAUUGAAAAUACCUCGCAGUGUCUUCUUGGGGGCAGGGAAAUAAUUACUUUAGCCUACCAUUUGCUAAUUUGAUCUUGUUCUUGCAUGAUGUUGAACCUUGUAUGGGAGUGUUGCUUCUGUUAUCUACUCUUCUUUGUAAAAUUGGUCAUGACCACGACCUCAUAAAAUAGUUAAGGCACGGUUAAAUGAACACUUCUUUCCCCGUGAGUUUCUGAACAGACAUCUGAUCACCUCUAAAUGGUGUGCACUUCCUAUAAAAAGAGAAAAACUGCCCAACACGACUGCACAUUCAAUCACCCAUAUCAGCUGAUCUUGGUACACAGUGACUAUCUCAUCCUCAGAUUGCAUGGAGAUUUUUUCCCUCUUGCCUCCAUAAUGUAUUUAAUAGUCAAAAAUUCUGCUUAGCACCUUUCUUUGCACUUAAUUUCCUGGUGCCUGUAGACUCUUUUGGUUUGAACAGUUUCUUAGCCUUGGUUCUUCGUGAAUGAAGAUUACAAGCAGUUAUUUUGUACAUUGUCCCUUGUUUGAGUCAAUCUGACAUCUCGCUAUGAUUAAAGAAGAUCAGAGUAUUUAUCAUCCGCAGGAAUAAUACAGAAGCGGUAUUACACUCUUAUAAUUGCACCCUAUAGUGCAGCUCACAAUUUGGAUUUGUUGUGUCUAUGGAGCUUCUCCAUUGUAAAGCAACUCUGUCCCCCUUUACAGCUA